CCGAGUAAUGGACCAUACGGCCACACAAGUCACAAUUUAUCUUGCUGUAAUGUAUCAUAAAGAAGAAUGAUUUCGGCGACGUAAACCAUCUGUUAUGGUUGCAAAAAGUAACGAUAAAAAUAUUUCUAAGUAAUAUAUUCUAGGAUACAUUUGCACAUGGAAAAAAUUAAUUAAAAUAUGGUAAUUGGAAAUUUCUUUCUAGACAAAUUUAUCAAUAUCUACAUUGAAAUUUAUUACUACAUAUAACUACAGACAUGUACAAAUAGUGUAGACUAUUAUGGAAGGAUUUCUUUUGUAGACUGCUUUAUCAGAUAACUAGUCAGUGAAAUAUUUACAAAUAUUACUCAACAUACAUGAUAGCGACUUAUCUGUAACAGCAUGUGAAAUAGAAAGAAAUAACCGCACGUGCAGUAAAAUCCUUAGGCGGCCUAAACCUAUAAGAUGCGCACGAAAGGUUCCUAUCUAUAUGAGACCCGUAUCAGUCUCAAGAUAACUGUACCUUUGUGUAGCGUCUAGACCAGAAUAUCCAUUAGAUAUACCAUAUCUAAAAUGUACACCAAUCUAGUGUCGACGCUUAACAAAUUGUUAAUCAUAAUUUUGCAUUCUCUGAACUGUUAGAUAUAUAUAUAUAUAUAUGUAUAAUAUAUAUAUAUGUAUAAUAUUUCAAUUGAAACAGUUAUUAUCUAAAUAAGUCAACAGUCGGAAGGUGAAAUAGGACAAAGUCCGGUCGUCGUGUUAAGAUCAAAGCCUUCCGCCAUUGGAAAGAGCAAAAUGGUUGCUUGUCAGAUGUUGACUGCACAGCUGACAGUCAGCUAUUCCCGCCGCCUCUCUGAGCUGGCGUCUGAGCUCAGUCUCCAUAGCAACUGUGUCAGAAAUUCGAUAAAUGCUAACAAUCGCUUAACUAGGCAUCAAGCAGUGAGAUGACAAAAGGCUCGACUAUCCAUUGAGCUGGUUACACUGUAAGGACACUAAUCUGUUGAAGAAACAUCUCAGUUAUUAGCGUCGGUGAAGAGCGCCUUAUAAAUGGAUCCCGCUUGGAUGAUGUGGUGUUUCAAUAUGCUUGCGUUAUUGUUGGACCUGUCGUCGUAGAAAGUGUAGCGUUAUCGUUGGAGGCGCUGGAGCAAUCGAGAGUCGACUAGUCUUUUGAUGAUUUCAGUAUGGCCACUGCUUGGCUUCACAGGCCACUCUUGAACGAAAGGCAGCUCAGAAGCCCCUUAGCACUCUCCACAUUUUAUUUCCCACGAUUUUAGACACUGUUGGGCCAGAAAAAAACCUGUAAUAGGAAGACUGGUAGCAUGAGGAGACGCUGUAGCUAAUCCAAGCAACGGUUCGUGUGCAUAGGCAAAUUGCAGGGCUAGUUGUGUGAGUGGCACAUAUUAGACUGGUUUUUAAUUUUUUUAAUUUUUAAUUUUUCGGCGUACAGUGAGAAGAGCUCGGAGAAAUGUUUCAGUUUGCAAUCGAUCGUGGGGGCACGUUCACUGAUGUAUGUGCUCGAUGCCCUAAUGGGAAAAUUCGUGUCCUAAAGCUACUAUCCGAAGAUCCUUCUAACUACGCGGAUGCCCCGACUGAGGGAAUUCGACGAAUCUUAAGCGACGAAGGCUGUCACACGUUACCUUCUCGAGAACCGAUCAAUGCUGCCAACAUCGAAUGGAUUCGAAUGGGGACUACAGUUGCUACAAAUGCCCUUCUCGAACGAAAAGGUGAACGUAUGGCACUGGCAACAACAGCCGGAUUUCGGGAUCUGUUGUUUAUUGGUAAUCAAGCGAGGCCGAACAUAUUCGAUCUUCAAGUGCGAUGUCCCGACGUGCUCUACGAAGAUGUUGUUGAGGUCAACGAGCGGGUUGUCCUGAAAAAUGAACGUUGUCAAAUGAACUGGAGAGGGAUCGAAAGUCGCAAUGGUAUCACCGGAGAACAGGUGUUAGUUAUGAAACCUCUAGAUGAAAUCCAACUCCGUCAGGAUUUAUUGAUCGUAAAAGGUAAAGGUAUCUCAAGUUUAGCCGUAGUGCUACUUCAUUCGUUCGCAUUUCCAGAUCAUGAGCAGCGUGUAAAACAAAUCGCUGAAGAAGUUGGUUUCAUGCACGUCUCAGUUUCAUCCGAGGUCAUGCCGAUGGUGCGGGCAGUGCCCCGCGGCUUUACGGCAGCGCUUGAUGCAUACCUCACACCGUGUAUCACGAAGUACCUCAAGGGUUUCUGUCGCGGGUUCGAUGAAAGUCUCACGCAGAAUAAAGUGCUGUUUAUGCAAUCAAACGGUGGACUUACUCGAAUGGAUCGUUUCUGUGGUUCCCGCUCCAUCCUGUCUGGUCCUGCAGGUGGCGUUGUUGGUUACGCUCGAACAACCGCCUCAACGCCAGUUAUCGGCUUUGACAUGGGCGGAACAUCGACCGACGUAAGUCGAUACGACGGUACGUUUGAUUUCACAUACGAAUCAACGAUCUCAGGGGUAGUGGUCCAGUCACCCCAGUUGGAUAUCCAUACGGUGGCAGCAGGUGGUGGUUCGAUGUUAUUUUUUCGAGCUGGCCUCUUUGUCACGGGCCCAGAAUCUGCCGGUGCUCACCCUGGUCCUGUUUGCUACAAAAAAGGUGGCCCGUUAACAGUUACAGACGCGAACUUGUGCCUUGGACGAAUUUUGCCGGAAUAUUUCCCAACAAUUUUUGGCCAAAGUGAGAACGAACCACUGGAUAAAGAGAGAUCAAUGCUGGCUAUGGAGAAACUUACUGGCGAGGUAAAUACAUUUUUAAAAUCAUCUGGACAAAAACCGAUGUGUGUACAGGAGAUAGCUCUCGGCUUCAUUAAAGUUGCAAACGAGACAAUGUGUCGAGCGAUUCGAUCGAUAACGCAAUCAAAGGGUUUUGAACCGAAGAAACACGUCCUGGCAUGUUUCGGGGGCGCGGGAGGCCAACAUGCCUGCGCUGUUGCCAAAAAUCUCUCCAUUUCUAAAAUUUUUAUUCACCGAUAUUCGGGCAUCUUGUCCGCAUAUGGACUUGCGUUGGCUGACGUCAUUCAGGAACGUCAGCUUCCCACGGCUGUCGCGUAUACGCCAGAGUCGUUCAUAGAGAUCGAAUCAAAAGUUGAGCAAUUGCUUCAAGAAUGCGAUAAGCCUCUUCUCGACGACGGAUUCCGUAAAGACCGUAUCAGACACGAGGUUUACCUUAACAUGCGUUAUGAGAAGACCGAUUGUGCCUUGAUGUGCCAGGCCAUGACUGUAAAUAAGCCAGAUAAACAAUUUACGAAGUACGGCGAUUUUCUGACAUGCUUUCACAAUAGAUACGAAGCUGAAUUCGGUUUCGUUUUGCCCGAUCGGCAGGUCAUAGUCGACGAUAUCCGGGUCAGAGCAAUUGGGAUGUCUGAUUUUUACGUAGAUAGUCCAUCGCACGUGCCAAAAAAGGUUGUGCCUACACCUGAAAAAAAAAUGUCAUGCUUCUUUGAAGAAGGUUUCCUAGAUACUUCUAUAUUCGUUUUGGAAAAACUCGCGCCCGGCUCAGUGAUCACAGGACCUGCGAUCAUUAUCGACAAAAUUGGAACCAUUAUUGUGGAGCCAAACUGCGAGGCGAGAAUCACAGCUCAAGGCGAUGUUGAGAUCUUUAUUGAGUACACAACAUCUUCUCGUAAACAGUUAACUGCAACGUUGGACAAUAUCCAGUUGUCAAUCUUUUCUCACCGGUUUAUGAGCAUCGCAGAACAGAUGGGCAAAGUUUUGCAACGGACAUCGAUUUCGACUAACAUUAAGGAGCGGUUAGAUUUUUCUUGUGCGCUUUUUGGUCCUGACGGUGGAUUGGUGUCCAAUGCUCCACAUAUACCUGUACAUCUUGGAGCUAUGCAGGUGGCGGUACAGUUCCAACUUGAAGCACUUAGGGGUGAUCUGCACCCAGGCGAUGUGAUUCUCACAAAUCAUCCAAAAGCAGGGGGCAGCCAUUUGCCUGACUUAACAGUUAUAACGCCGGUGUUCUUUAAGGACCGACUGAAACCUGUGUUUUUCGUUGCAAAUCGAGGCCACCACGCAGAUAUUGGUGGGAUCACGCCAGGCUCUAUGCCCACAACUUCGCAAAAUCUCGAUCAAGAGGGUGCAAUUUUUGUUAGCUUCAAGAUUGUCGAUCGUGGCGUAUUUCAAGAGAAGGCACUCAUCGAUAAGCUCAUGGCGCCGGCGCGUGUAGAGAACUCGUCGGGAGCACGAAACGUGCGCGAGAAUAUUGCAGACUUGCAAGCGCAAAUAGCAGCCAAUAAUAAGGGAAUCGGCCUCGUGAAGGGACUUAUAGAAGAAUUUGGUCUUGAUGGUGUACAAGCUUACAUGCAUCACAUUCAAGAGAACGCUGAGCUCGCUGUUACUACGCUUUUGAAAGAUAUCGGAAAGCGUUUAGGAGGCAAAGGCCAAACCAAGGUCUGCUUGUCUGCUGUUGACUCUAUGGAUGAUGGCAGCGAAAUUAAGCUGAAGGUGGAAAUUGAUUGUUUGACCGGAAAGGCUGUGUUUGAUUUCACCGGCACCGCCAUUGAGGUCUAUAGUAACUAUAACGCGCCGUUUGCCGUUACACACUCGGCUAUUAUUUACUGCCUUCGAUCCAUGGUAGGUCACGAUAUACCGUUGAAUCAGGGUUGUCUAUCCUCAAUUAUGAUCAUCAUUCCGCCACGAUCUCUACUGCGUCCGUCAGAUGAAGCAGCUGUUGUAGGUGGAAAUGUACUCACAUCUCAACGGUUGUGCGAUGUCAUUCUGAAGGCAUUUGAAGUCUGUGCCGCCUCGCAGGGCUGCAUGAACAAUGUUACAUUUGGCGACGAAACGUGUGGAUAUUACGAGACUAUUGGCGGAGGUACUGGAGCCGGCCCAAAUUGGAAUGGUCGUUCUGCAGUACAUUCGCAUAUGACGAAUACCCGAAUUACCGAUGUUGAAAUUCUCGAACGGAGAUACCCUGUUAUAGUGAAUCGUUUCCACGUCAGAAACAACACUGGCGGAGCAGGUCGCCACUGUGGUGGCAACGGUAUCGUUCGAGAGUUGAUGUUCCGUAAGAACUUCACCUUGUCAGUGCUAACUGAACGCAGAGUGUUUGCCCCUUACGGCAUGGAAGGUGGACGGGAUGGAAUCAAGGGUCGAAACACCCUUAUCAUGGCUAACGGUCGUGAGGUAAACCUUGGUUCGAAAAACACACUUUACGUAAAAUGCAAUGAUAUUCUUCGCGUGGAAACUCCCGGUGGAGGAGGUUACGGAAAUCCGUCUGAUUGCAUACCUUCGGAUACUGAAGGCCUAUGUUAAUACAGACCUAAUGUAAAGGCUGCUUUCUACCAGAGAGUACAAAAUCACAGAGCUUAUUGUUAAAUGGCCACAGGUAUAAGUUAAAAUAUAUGAUUGAGCAUUGAAUAAACUCAUAGCGUUGCAGAGUAAGUUGUUA